CUGCGCGCCCGGAUCCGGGCGGCGUCUCCGAGCAGUGGCCGCACUCGGGGCCGGCGCGGCAUCCUCGGGCUGAGCUGGCUGCCCGCCCGGCCCGCGCCGCCCCGCCCCUGCUGGCCCCUCCCCUGCCCUCCCCGCCCCCAGCGGGGCCGGCCCGGGCGGCGACCAGAGCGGCGACGUGAAAGGCGAGCGAGGCAGCUGCCCGGCCGGCUGUCGGCGCGCACCCGCUCCCGGCCCAGCCCAGUCCGGCGCGGAGGCCGCUGCCUGCCCCGCGGGGCCCGACGCCAGCGCUCCGGGCAGCGGCUCCAGGGCCGGCCCGCGCGUGCGCCAGGGAGCCGCGCGCCAGCGUCCCCAGCGGGGACCGGGACCGGCCGCACCCCGGGCUCCCGGAACCCCGAGGAGCCCGGCAGAGCCCGACGGACCGGCGGCCGCGAUGCCGGACGAGCUGACGGAGCCCGGGCGCGCCACGCCGGCCCGCGCCUCCUCCUUCCUCAUAGAGAACCUGCUGGCAGCCGAGGCCAAGGGCGCUGGGCGCGCGGCCCAGGGCGGCGGCCGCGAGGACGAGGAGGACGACGACGACGACCCUGAGGACGAGGACGCGGAGCAGGCGCGGCGGCGGCGGCGGCUGCAGCGGCGGAGACAGCUGCGCGCGGGCUCCGGGCCGAGCGGGGACGCGCGGGCCCGGGCGCUGCUUGGGCCGGGCGCGCUGGGCCUCGGUCCCCGGCCGCCCCCGGGUCCCGGGCCGCCCUACGCUCUGGGCUGCGGAGGCGCCACGCGCUGGUACUCGCGGUCGCACGGAGGCUACGGAGGCGGCCUCAGCCCUGACACCAGCGACCGGGACUCACCGGAGACGGGCGAGGAGAUGGGCCGCGCAGAGGGCGCCUGGCCGCGGGGCCCCGGGCCGGGAGCGGUGCAGCGGGAGGCGGCGGAGCUGGCGGCGAGGGGCCCGGCAGCCGGCGCGGAGGAGGCGGCGGAGCUGGCCGAGGCCCGGGCGGCGGCGGCGGCGGCGGGGGAGGCGCGCGGCGGCGGCGGGGGCGGCGGCCGCAAGAAGAAGACUCGCACGGUCUUCUCGCGCAGCCAGGUCUUCCAGCUCGAGUCCACCUUCGACCUGAAGCGCUACCUGAGCAGCGCCGAGCGCGCCGGCCUGGCCGCCUCCCUGCAGCUCACCGAGACGCAGGUCAAGAUCUGGUUCCAGAACCGCCGCAACAAGUGGAAGCGGCAGCUGGCGGCCGAGCUGGAGGCCGCCAGCCUGUCCCCGCCGGGCGCGCAGCGCCUGGUCCGCGUGCCGGUGCUCUACCACGAAAGCCCCCCGGCCGCCGCCGCCGGAGCUCCCGCCGCGCUGUCCUUCCCGCUGGCGCCCGCCGCGCCCGCCCCGCCCCCGCCGCUGCUCGGCUUCUCCGGGGCCCUCGCCUACCCGCUGGCCGCCUUCCCAGCCGCCGCCUCCGUGCCCUUCCUGCGGGCGCAGAUGCCCGGCCUGGUGUGAGCCCCCGGGCGGCAGGGCCCACUCCCCGUGGCCAGUGGGGACUUCUGCGGACGCGCACACGGGCCGAGGCGGCAGCGGUGGCGCCAGGGGGCCGUCCGUCAGGGAGGGCAGGGACGCUCCCCUGGCCCUCCCGCGCCUCGGGGAGCGCAGGCUGCCGCCCGGGCGAGCCGAACCCCUGUCCGAAGAUCGGAAGAUCGUCCAGAAUGUAACAGAGACGCAGGUGACUGUGGCUCCCCAGACAGUCGCAAGGCUGGAUCCCCGCUGGGAAGAGAGCAUCACAGAGACAGUCGGCCACGCAGCCCAGAGCCUCCCCCAGCCCCCUACCCCCGGGGACAGGCCUCAACCUCGGAGCAGAUCCAGCCCCCGCCCUGCCGGAGCCAGCGGCUGGGCGCAGUCCACGGCAAAUCCAGGCUGUCCCAGGUGCUUCAUGGAGGUGACCAUUCUCCAACCCGAACAGCCCUGCCUGGGACUAUGCACGGGCAGGGCAGCAGGCCUCCGGGCUGGCAGAGAGAGAAUCCCAGGAAGAGAGCCCCUGUGGAGCGGAAGGGGUGAAGAUCCUUCCAGGUGGCGCUGCUCUCAGAUUGUCCGUUCUGGAGAUGGGGCCAGACUGGGGCUUCUCUCCCAGGCUGCAGCCCCUGGUUAUCCUGGCGAAGACAUUUUUUUUUUUAAAUGAAUCUACUUAUUUGCGUAUGGAAUAAAAAGGGACGUUUUCUGGA